GGGAAAAAAUAGAAGGAAAGAUCCAAAAAUAACACUUGGCAAAAGGGAAACGGUUAGUGUAUGAAUUAUAUCUAUCUGUCAUUCCUUUCAUUUCUCUCCAUCUCCCAUUGUUCUGAUCAAACAAAGCCGAGAAAAUAAGGGAAGAGAAAUCCUUUUUCUGAGCACCUUCCCCGCCGGAGAUGCAGCCGAAAUCUCACACCCCUUUUUUUCUUCCUCCCCAAAAGGCCAUGAACAACAAUAACAACAACACCAGCACCAUUACAACCACCAACACCAACACCAACACCAAAACCAACAACAGAAUCUCCUCUACAAGAAAUGGCAACAGCACCACUCAGGCUUGCGCUGCAUGCAAGUACCAACGCAGAAAGUGUGCACCCGACUGCAUUCUCGCACCGUAUUUCCCUCACGAUCGACAGCGCCAGUUCCUCAACGCUCACAAGUUGUUCGGAGUAAGCAACAUCACCAAAAUCAUUAAGGUUGUCAGCCCUCGCGACAAGGACCAAGCCAUGCGUACCAUAAUCUACCAAUCCGACAUGCGUGCCUCGGACCCUGUCGGAGGCUGCUACAGGUACAUUGUCGACCUGCAGACUCAGAUUGAGUACUGCCGAGCCGAGCUGGACCUCGUCCUUCAGCAACUCGCCAUGUUUCGAGCUCAGGCUCAGCACCAGAAUCAGCACCAGUAUCAGCACCAGCACGGUAUCUAUGCUCCCAACAGCGUUAACGUCACCGUCAAUGGAGAUGGUGAGGUUUUGAACGCCGACCCGAUGGGGCUGUACGGCCAGCCACAGUAUCAGUGUCUGCAGCCGCACCAACAGGAGCAGUAUGUUAUGAUGCAUGAAAAUGGAAGCCAGAACUUCAACGGCGCCACCCCUUUGCAGGAACAGAUGAACACGUGGGCUGUGCAGAACACUGCUGUGUCGCUUUCUUCGUUGUCGUUGCAAGGACAGAGUAGUAAUGUUAGCGAUGAAUACGAUCACAAGGCCGUCAUUGACAUUGAUUCUGAUGAGAGAAGUGAGUUAGGGUUCGAGUCUGAAGAAUUAGUCCAUCGCAGUGAUGAAUCAGUGUUGUUUAAGAUAGAUGAUGCAGUAAUAAAAGCUGAGGGUGACUGCAUGCAACAAGCUCAAGAUCAUGAUUUGAAAGGUGCAGCAACAUCGUUUAGCCUCACAAAUUGUACUUGCUGAUGAGUGUUAAUUAGCAUAGAUUGUAGAAGUUGCUGCCUCCACAUAUCAUUUUGUUGGCAUUAGGAUAUUCCGUUUUUGUGGUUAAGAGUUUGCAGCAGUCUUAUAUGCGCAGCUAGAGUUAUUUACACAAUUUCUUACAAACAAUUAUUCUUUUCUUCUUGUAGUCAAUCACAAUAAUGUA